AUGGGAGGGAGCGUGCGACUUGCUGUCGCUGUCGCCGUCGCCGUCGCCGUCGCCGUUCGCUGCUGCUCACCCCUGGUGGCGACGGCGUCCGACGCACGCCGGGAAUGGGUGGCGUCCGGUGCGGUGCGUGUGGGGGAUGUCUGGGCGUGCUUGGGAGGCCAGUAUCUACUAUUUAUCUGCUUGAGAUGUGUCUGCCGCUGCGCUGUGUGUCCGCCCGUCGCCUCCCUCCGCAGCCUCUCGUGUUUCUGCCGCGCGGAUGUGUCCGCCCCCUUCCUCCGCGCCCGCGCAGUCGUCCUUCCUUCCUCGACCGCCCAACCCCACUCCUCUCGGACGGUUCCACGACCCGCCUCUCUCGCCAGCUCGGUGUUGCCGCCCGAGCUCGGCGUCCCCGCCCCGCCUCCUCUCCCUCGCCCGAGCGCCUCCCACCUGCCCUCUCGCGCGGUCCUCUCCCUCUCCCUUGCCCGGCGCCGAUCCCGCUCGUGCCGCACUCGCCUCCCUGUCUCGCUCGCCGACGCCGCCGGGCCGCCGUCUCGCUCGCGCCACCCUCGCCUACCCGUCUCGCUCGCCGACGUCGCCGCCAAUCCCGCUCACCGGGAACGAGGAGGACCAGAGGGCGUCACACCGCCCUCGCUCUCCCCGUCGAGCUGCCGGCCGGUCGCGCCCCCUCCCCCGCGCCCGUCCCCUCGGUCUCCGCCGCGCUCGACGACCUCGCCGCAAGGGAAGGCAUCCCGGCGCGGACCACGAGAGACGCGGUGCGCGCGGCCGUCCUCCCGGCGCGGAUCCAGCACGCGCCGUGCGCGUGCCGUUCAGCCGCCGCCACACCAGGCUUCCUCGCCGCCACACCAGGCCUCGUCGUCGCCGUCAGCCCGCUUCGUGCUCACCCCCCCCCCCCCAAAACCGCCGCCGCCACACCCGGUCUCCUCGCUUCCGACGCCGCCAACAGCCCGAUUCGCAGCCGCCGCUGCCACACCCAGCCUCCUCGCCUCCGAUGGCGCCGGCAGCCCGACGUGUUGCCUCCUCGGGAACUUGGGCAACGCAUGCUACUGCAACAGCGUUCUGCAGGCACUUUAUUUUUGUGUUCCUUUCCGUGAUCAAUUGCUGGAGUACUAUGCAAGCAAUAAAAGCAGUGGAGAUGGUGAAGAGAACAUGCUAAACUGCCUGGCUGGUCUGUUCUCUCAGCAGCAGAUUGGCGUUAUCUCUGAUUUUAAGCCACGACAGCAGGUUAACCACAGACUACAGUAGGCGCAUUCAAUUCAGUUAUCAGCAUGCACUUGGGAGCAACAAAGGAGCAUUGAGCAGCAAGGUUUCAAGGCUCGGAACAUAGUCACAAAGAUUCGGGGUCGAUGGGGUCGAGGGACGGGGUCGAGGAACGAGAUACGGUCCUCGUGAGAGUUACAAGGCGGGAACGAAAAUGGCCCCGCGUUUCCGGGUCGGGAUCAGUGUUUCCAGGUUGAGGAACGGUACCCUCGACCCCGAAUCCUGUGACUAUGGCUCGGAAUGUGAAGUGUCAUUUUCCUGCAGAAGUAUGGUAUUCUUUGGUUGCUUGUUAUUUUCUUUAAGUUAUUCCUUGAUUGGUUUAUCAAUUUGAUGAACAAUUGGCUUAAUCAGUUAUUUCUUCUUUGCAUGUUAAUCCCUUUAGAGUUCAUGAGGUGCAGUAGCAUCAUUCGUAUUCAGAACUGAUUAAUUUAUUGUGCUAUUGAAUUCAGUUGGAACUUAACUGACCUUUGUGCUAAUUCCUUUGCAUGUUGUCCAGUGUGAUGGCAUUUUCUGCUCGAAACUCAUCUUCAGUAGGGUAAUGUUCCUUUCUAGGCUUUGUGAUAAAGACUUUUGUUUGCAAAGUAGUAUUCAUCAUUACGCUCUCAUUCCUCAAACCCUUGUGAGAAUUGCAUGACUGGAUAACCUUUACAUGAAGUUUCAUUUUUGAGAGCAUGGAACAUGCUUUGCCCCUCUAUAGUUCAGGAUGGAUUACAGUAUUUCACUAUUGCUUCGGCAAAAAAUUGUAGGUGAGUUCUCAUUUCCCCUUGAAUAUCUCCCUAGAAUUUUUUGUACAAAAAUUAUUGUGGUCGUCAUGAGUAGGACCAUGACUGGUAUAGACAGGUUACCACGAGCACAUAUUUGUAUGGUUUCAUGGUUCCUACAAGACUGAGUCUCAUUUGCUAAAUUUGAAACGUUUGUCAAGAAUUUUACAUCCUUGUGUAUAUCUCCAACGACCACCAGUGACCGUCCCGACACCUCGGGGCCUGCAGACCUUCUUAGACCAUGUGCUUUUCCAGAAUCUCAUUCUGCAUCCCAUACUCGAAAGAAUUAUAGUAAUCUAAUUGGCUAACCACGUACCUUUUAAACAACUGGAAUUUUACAUGUUCCUUCAGUGUGUUAUGAUUUAUGAGGGAGGUCUCUCUUCUUCAACCCACCCUUUUUAGACUAUGUGUUCUGAAUUAUUGUGGUUCAUAGCAGCUUAGAUUCUUUUGCCAUUUCAACCGGAGUCAUAUUGAAUGCUAGAAUUCUUAGUUAAUUGAUAAUGUUAGAAUUAGAAUUCUUAGUCAAUCAAAUGAGUCUCUCUCUGCUACGAAGAUCAUGUGCUUGUCCUCCUCAUCAAUUAGGUCAAGGUGUUCAUUCUUUCAAUCCUCCCACUUGUUAUUUCUCAAUCUUUGCAUUUUUUUCCCGGAAUACAAGGAUGAAACAUGUCUAAUGAAUUGCUCAAAAAUUGUUGCAGCCUGUUGUGUCAUUGGAGAUAGGUGGAAGGAAAAACUAUGGAAUGCGCCUAUAGCUGAUUUUGCAACUGGAAGUCUGCAACUAAUCACUAUUUUCCAUCUGCAAAUAGGGAAUUUUAUACAAUAGAGAAGUAUUCUGUUACACUCCUCACACAUUUGAGUCAUAAAAGGCCAGUGCUUUUUCCUAAUUUUCCAUGAUGGAUAUUAGCAUCCAGCUUGUGUAUAUCCAUACACCCAUUCUGACAUUUGUUACAUCUUAAGAUUUAUUGUACCUCUUUAUUAAAGGAAGCAUACCUGGUGAAAGUAUGUCACUUGGUUUGUGCCUAUGCGGCCGUGCACCA